AUGGUGCUUCGGACAAAGGCGUUGAUAGUGUCGUGUAAAUGUGUGGUCAAAAAGGGGAUUAAAUCCGGGAGGUCGACCGAGGCUCGAGUAAUUGUGCAGAUGCACAAAAAGAACGAUGCCACUCAUUGGCAAUACCACGAGUUGAGACCACGAGUUGUAACACAUUCCGCAAUUUCAAAGCCAUGUGUGGUUGCUCCCCGGCCAACACCUCUCGUUUCUCAGGGGGAUGUGACAAGUCAAGAUUUCAUGAUGGUGGCCUUGACUACUCCAUACUUCGUACUGAGAAGAACGAUGAAUGCAUACCCAGACAACGGCAACCAGCUGGUUCAUGAGGUACUGACCCUUGCAAGGGCUGCUAGAACACUCAGCCCAGACACAUGGCAUGAUGGGGUUCCCAGAGAGCCGGGAAUGCUCCAGUGGCUCAAUAGUCCCAGGCACAAGGGGACUGACUGCUGGUUGAGCUGA